AUGGUGGAAGAUCAGGCUGACAGCAGGAACCAGAAGGGCACAGCCAUUGCCUUUAAUUAUGAUUCAGAUACCAGAAGGUCGCGGCGGCGUUCCAGGACUCCAAAUAAAGAAGCUGGAGAAGAGAAACGCAAACAGCAGCGGGAAAAACGAAAGGCGCUCUUCGCGACCCCUGUAACGAAGCCAGCAGCGCCAAUUGAAGAGUCCGAUGACGAGCAAAGUGAGUCCUCCGGAAAAUACGUGGCCCCGCGGCCUGAUGCGUGGGAAAAGGCAGCCUGGGAGAAGAGUUCCUUCGAGAGUUCCUCGGAGAAGAGCAAGUUCCUGCGCCUCAUGGGUGGAGCCAAGGAGAAAAGUGGACUCGGAGACAAGGUUGAGAGCGCCCAAAAGGUGGGCCCCUCUUCGCAGGAACUUGAGAGGCAAUAUGUGCAGGGCAUGCAGAAGCAGCUCUAUUCUCGGCAUCGCGGCUUGGGGUGA